AUGACUUCACGAGCCAUCCUAAUCGACUUUGAGGAAACUCUUGAACUCAUCCCCACAUCCUCAGCGGACCCUGACAGCUUUGACACUGCCCGCAACGAUGCCAACGAUGGCAAUGACACUCCUUUACUUACAAACGAAUUCGUCUUCGCCAAUCAGAAGUCUAAACGAUCCUCUCUACCACAGAUCGUUCCUAGGCAACUCCGGCAUUGGUUUCUCUUACAUCGACACCACCACCCCUCAUUGAAGUCCCGCUCGUGCUCCUCCUGUCGGCGACCUCUCCUUCGCAGGUUCAUUGCCUUUUCUUACGGCUUUCUUGCACUAAUUCUCGUUCUGAUCGUUGUUGGCGGCACUUUCUUUCCCUCGUACAGCCACCCGCCGGAGCACUAUUCCGAGCUGCGUUACAGAGUCGCUGGAUCCAAAACUCCCGGUAUUGGCAACAUUGGCAACAGUAAAGUCUUCAUUGCCGCGAGUCUUUACGAUCCUGGCGGGAAGCUCGCCGGAGGACCGUGGGCAGACAAUCUCCUUCGCUUGAUAGACCUGCUGGGCCCCAGGAACACCUAUUUGUCCAUCUACGAGAACGAUUCUGGACCUGAGGGAAAGGAUGCAUUGAAUAGCCUACGACAGCAUUUGCCGUGUGAGAAUACGCUCCUGUUCCAGGAUCACCUAAGCUUCGAAGGUCUACCCCAUGUAACCAUACCGGAUGGUACAGAGCGAGUCAAGCGAAUCACAUACUUGUCUGCUGUUCGCAACAAGGCACUGGAGCCCUUGCAAACCGCCAAGGUCAUGUACGACAAAGUGCUGUAUCUGAAUGAUGUUUUCUUCGACCCGAUCGACGUUCUCCAGCUUCUCUUCUCAACCAACAACGACGAUUACAGGGCGGCUUGUGCGGUGGACUUCAUCAGCCCUUUCAAGUUCUACGACACUUUUGCCACCAGGGAUCUAGGCGGGUUUAGCUUAGGGCUGCCCUUCUUCCCGUGGUUUGCUUAUGGUGGGGAUAGCCGGAGUCAUCAAGAUGUUGUGCAUGGGAGCGAUGCUGUGCGGGUGCGGAGCUGCUGGGGUGGAAUUGUAGCUUUUGAUGCGCGUUUCUUUCAACCACAGCCAGACUCAUCCAUGGUGCCUGAAACUGCUGGGUCGCUCGGUCCCAGCAAUCUUUCGGCGCCAUACCAGUUCCGCGCCGAGCAGGACCUUUACUGGGACGCUUCUGAAUGCUGCCUCAUUCAAGCCGACAUCCAAAGCCCGGACAACGACAACCCCGGCAUCUACAUGAAUCCCUUUGUGAGAGUCGCAUACGAUCCACGGACUUUGUCUUGGCUCGGGUUCGUCCGUCGCUUCGAAACCCUCUACACGCCUGUUCACUUUCUGUUGGACAUCGUAGUGGGCUUUCCACAGCAUAAUGCGCGACGGGACGAGCACCCGUGGGACGAGGUCCAGGAAAUGGUAUGGGUCGCAAACUCGUCGCAGACGGAAGGGGGUUCGUUCCAAAGCGUAUCCAGACUGGCAAGCCACUCCGGCUUCUGCGGUAGAAGGGCGCUUCCAGUGAUGAAGGAGCAUUUCAGCAACGGAGAAGUGGGUUUGAAGAACUAUGAAGGCCUUCCGAUACCAUCGAUACCUUGA